AUGAUAGAGAAGCUGAGAUUUCUGGUUAGCGUCUGGAUUUUGCUUUUGGGGUGUUGUUGGGGAAGGUUUGUGGUGGAGAAGAACAAUAUAAGAAUCACUAGUCCGAAUUCGUUGAGAGGAACAUACCAAUGUGCGAUUGGGAAUUUUGGGGUUCCAAAGUACGGAGGAACAAUGAUUGGCUCUGUUGUAUAUCCCAGUGAAAAUCAGAAGGCAUGCAGAAACUUCGAUAAUUCUCCUUUUAAGUCCAGGCCUGGAAGUUUUCCCACUUUUGUUCUCAUAGAUCGUGGAGAUUGCUUCUUCACUUUAAAAGCGUGGAAUGCACAGAAGGGUGGAGCAGCAGCAAUUCUGGUUGUGGAUAACAGGAUGGAGCCACUAAUAACCAUGGACACCCCUGAAGAAGGCACGAAUUCGCAUGAUGAUUAUGUGGAAAAGAUUAACAUCCCUUCUGCUCUUAUCAGCAAAACCCUAGGGGAUGGCAUCAAGAAAGCCCUCUUGAAAGGAGAUAUGGUUAAGGUAAACCUUGAUUGGAGAGAGGCUCUUCCACAUCCGGAUGAUAGGGUUGAGUAUGAAUUUUGGACUAACAGCAACGAUGAGUGUGGACCAAAGUGUGACAUGCAAAUCAAUUUUGUGAAAGACUUCAGAGGGGCAGCUCAGCUUCUUGAGAGGAAAGGGUUCACACAGUUCACCCCUCACUACAUCACUUGGUAUUGCCCUGAAGCAUUCAUAAACAGCAAGCAAUGCAAGUCUGAGUGCAUAAACCAUGGGAGAUACUGUGCUCCAGAUCCUGAGCUUGACUUCGGUAGAGGGUAUGAUGGGAAAGAUGUAGUUAUGCAGAACUUGCGCCAAGCUUGCUUAUUUAGAGUGGCAAAUGAAAGUGGAAGGCCCUGGCAGUGGUGGGAUUAUGUCACUGACUUUUCAAUACGUUGCCCCAUGAAAGAGAACAAAUACACUGAAGAAUGCUCUGAUCAAGUAAUGAAAUCUCUAGGUGUUGAUCUCAAGAAAAUUAAAGAUUGUAUCGGAGAUCCCCAAGCAGAUGCUGAAAAUCCUGUUCUCAAAGCUGAACAGGAUGCACAGAUUGGCAGGGGUCCUCGUGGUGAUGUUACUAUACUGCCUACUCUUGUUAUAAACAACAGACAGUAUAGAGGUAAGUUGGAAAAGGCAGCAGUUCUCAAGGCAAUCUGCGCAGGUUUCCAAGAGACCACUGAGCCAUCAAUUUGUUUAACCCCAGACAUGGAAACAAACGAGUGUUUAGAAAACAAUGGUGGUUGCUGGCAGGACCCAUCUACUAACAUUACUGCUUGCAGGGAUACAUUCAGAGGAAGAGUUUGUGAAUGCCCUAUUGUUCAAAAUGUGAAGUUUGUUGGUGAUGGAUAUACCCACUGUGAAGCUUCAGGAGCCUUGCGAUGUGAAAUCAACAAUGGAGGUUGUUGGAAGGGAACUCAAAGUGGCAGGACUUACUCAGCUUGUAUUGAUGACCGUACAAAAGGUUGCAAGUGUCCUCCUGGUUUUAGGGGUGAUGGAGUCCGGUCCUGUGAAGAUGUAGAUGAGUGCGAAGAGAAGUCGGCGUGCCAGUGCCCAGAGUGCAAAUGCAAGAAUACAUGGGGAAGUUACGACUGCAGCUGCAGUGACGGGUUGUUCUACAUACGAGAAAAUGACAUGUGUAUUGGUAAGUAUGCUAACUCAGGAGGCAAUGGGGGCUUUAUUUGGCUGAUUAUUUUCAUAUUGGUUGCUGCUGUCGCUGGGGGAUAUGCGUUUUACAAGUACAGAAUCCAGAGAUAUAUGGAUUCAGAAAUCAGGGCAAUUAUGGCACAAUACAUGCCCCUGGAUAAUCAACCAGAAGUCGAUAAUCAAGCUCAUAAUGCAAUCUAGAUUAUUCCCUGACAUCCUCUGCAGCAGCUUAGUUAGUCAAUUGAGAGAGAGAUUAAGA